GAUCCCUUGCCGCUGUGCGUGCGUGUGCCCGGGACAUGAGGGUGCCCGUGCGGGUGUGAGAUGUGCCCAUGUCCGCCGUGAGGAUGACCGUGCGCCUUACGGCUCCCCCAGCCAGGAAGAGAGGGCGACCUUAACGAGCCAGCAGGCACAGCGACACCAUGGCCUCGGCCACCUCUGUGAGCAGCCUCCUGGAUGAGGUCGGCUGCCCCAUCUGCCAGGGCACCCUCAGGGAGCCGGUCACCAUCGACUGCGGCCACAACUUCUGCCGCGGCUGCCUGACGCGCUACUGUGAGGUCCCGGGCCCGGAGCCAGAGGAGUCCCUCGCGUGCCCGCUCUGCAAGCAGCCCUUCCGGCCGGCAGGCUUGCGCCCCAACUGGCAGCUGGCCAGCGUGGUGGACAACAUCGAGCGCCUCAGGCUGGCGCCCAUGCCGGGCCCAGAUGAGGACGUGUGCGGGGAGCAUGGGGAGAAGAUCUACUUCUUCUGUGAGGAUGACGAGACGCAGCUUUGUGUGCUGUGCCGGGAGGCCUGGGUGCACCGGGCUCACACGGUGCGCUUCCUGGAGGAGGCGGCCAGGCCCUACCGGGAGCAGAUACAGAACUGUCUGGAGUGUCUAAGAAGAGAGAAAGAAGAGAUUCAGAGAAUCCAGGCAAGAGAAAACCAGAGGACCCAAGUCCUCCUGUCGCAGGUGGCCACCAAGAGACAGAAAGUGAUUUUCGAGUUUGCAUGUCUGAGCCAGUUCCUGGAGGAACAGCAGAGCGUCCUCCUGGCCCAGCUGGAGACCCUGGACACGGAGAUCGUGAAGCAACGGGAGGAGUUCGAUGUGCUGGUCAGUGAGGAGGUCGGCCGCUUCAGCAGCCUCAUCUCAGAACUGGAGGAGAAGAACGAGAGGCCGGCGCAGGGGCUCCUGACGGACAUCAGAAGUACUCUGCUCAGAUGUGAGACCAGGAAGUGCCGGAGACCAGAGGCCGUGUCCCCUGAGCUGGGCCAGAGGAUUCGGGACUUCCCGAAGCAGGCCGCCCCACUGCAGAGGGAGGUGCAGACGUUUCUGGACAAACUCUGCUUCGAGUUGGACUAUGAGCCAGCACUCCUGUCCCUGGACCCCCGGACCUCCCACCCGAAGCUCCUGCUGUCUGAGGACCACCAGCGGGCUCAGUUCUCCUACAAAUGGCAGAGCUCGCCAGACAACCCGGAGCGCUUCGACCGGGCCACCUGUGUCCUGGCCCGCAGUGGCUUCACCGGGGGGCGGCACACGUGGCUGGUGAAGCUGGACCUGGCCCACGGGGGCAGCUGCACGGUGGGCGUGGCGCGGGAGGACGUGCGGCGCAAGGGCGAGCUGAGGCAGCGGCCGGAGGAGGGCGUGUGGGCCGUGCGGCUGGCCUGGGGCUUCGUCUCGGCGCUGGGCUCCUUCCCCACGCGGCUGGCCCUGGAGGAGCAGCCCCGGCAGGUGCGGGUGUCCCUGGACUACGAGGUGGGCUGGGUGACGUUCGCCAACGCUGUCAGCCAGGAGCCCAUCUACACCUUCACGGCCUCCUUCACCCAGAAGCUCUUCCCCUUCUUUGGGCUCUGGGGCCGAGGCUCCAGCUUCUCCCUGAGUUCCUGAGAGGGCACAGCCUACUCCUCCAAGUCCAGGUUCACCUGGGGGAACAGAAUGCAGCCGGGUGAGGACUUGGCAAGGACCAGGGGGUUGCCCCGCAGUCUGCUGAUGCAGCUCUUUCCCGGACCCCCAGCGGACGCCAGUGCAUGCGGGGCACAGACACUGGCAAGUCCCGGGUCUGGAGCCACAGACCAGGCCCUAGACCAGCCCGAGACCGACCGGCUGUGUCAUCUCAGCAGGACACGUGUGUCUUCGUCAAGUCUUCUCUGCAGAAUCAUUCCCCGCGUGCUGACCGUGAGCCAGGAAAAUCUUCGGCAUCUGAAGGAACUCGCGCCCCAGAGAGAAGACAUGGCAGUGGCGUUGACGGGAGCUGGGGAGGGGCCUCUCUGGCUGUUGGGGAGCUCAGAGGACAGGCCCGGCUCCCCGGAGGGCUUUCUGGAAAGGACAGCUCUGAGAGACGAGUGUGCUUGGUGGGGAAAGGAAGAAGGAUGGCUGACCGGUGGCCCCACGAGACCCUGACACCACUGAGGCCUCCUUCCUUCACCUGGGGGGCUCUUCCGCCUGAGACCAGGGUGUGGGCCUUGCUGGGAGGCCAGGCCGGAACCCGCGGACCCGAUUUUCCCUGCAGAGAGUCUUACUCUGCUCUGGUGAUCACCGCCUGGGGCCUGGAAAGUGUGGGCAGGGGUGAGGCUCAGCUGCGGAGCUGAGAUGCAGGGGUGCAGAAUCACAGGUGGGGCGUGGGCUGGGUCACCUGCACCAGAGUUGUUGAGGCUCCAGACAUCAGGGGGAGAAGAGGGGGCCAGGCUCAGGGAAGGGCAUGCAGAGAGCGCCAGGAGAGACCCAGGCGCGUGGAGCAGGGGCUCCAUCUGGUGGGGCUCUGGGACGGGGACAAGCACUAGAAUAUGGAGAAAAACGUCCGUCGCCCCAGCUGGGAUGUUAGCUCCUGUUUGCAAUAAGAGCAUUGAGCAUUGUCCUCACACAUUUCAGGCAUUGUCUUCCUUUCUGCUG